GUGUUUGUGUGUGUGGGGUGGAGGAGAGGAGAGGACUGGACUGGACUCAAACUCUGAGCAAGCGUCACAUAGGAACGCCAGCGCAGGAGCAGCAAGACCUUUUAACAUUUCUGCUUCACUUAAAGGCCACGGUUAACUGAUGAUGAAGCGAAGCCGUGUCCCGAGCACCAGUGAGGAAUCAGAUAAUGGAAGUAACUCCACUUCCUGGUCUCAGCACUCCAAGCACAGGAAACAGAAUGGAAAAAGACCCUCAGAGGUGUUCAGGACAGACCUGAUCACUGCUAUGAAGCUGCAUGAUUCAUACCAGCUGAAUCCAGAGGAUUAUUAUGAGCUGGCCGAUCCUUGGCGGCAGGAGUGGGAGAAAGGGGUUCAAGUUCCUGUUAGUCCCGACACCAUUCCGGAGUGUACUGUGCGCACUGUAGCUGAGAAAUGCCCCGCUCCUCUGUUCAUCAAACCGAAGAAGCUGAUUCGCUCAUCUGAGUCAUCGAUGCUGGGGUACGUGGGUAUUCAGACGCUGGCGGAUGGCAUGUGUCGUUAUGAUCUGAAUGAGGAGGACGUCGUUUGGCUGCAGAUCGCUAACGAGGAGUUCAGCAAGAUGGGCAUGCAACCCCUGGAUGAGCUGACGAUGGAGCGGGUCAUGGAGGAGUUUGAGCGCCGUUGUUAUGACAACAUGAGCCACGCUAUGGAAACGGAGGAGGGGCUUGGCAUCGAGUACGAUGAGGACGUGGUGUGUGACGUCUGUCAGUCCCCUGAUGGCGAGGACGGCAAUGAAAUGGUGUUCUGUGACAAGUGCAACAUCUGUGUGCAUCAGGCGUGUUACGGUAUACUGAAGGUUCCUGAGGGCAGCUGGCUUUGUCGAACCUGUGCGCUGGGCAUCUUUCCCAAAUGCCACCUGUGUCCUAAAAAAGGCGGGGCUAUGAAACCCACUCGAAGUGGCACCAAGUGGGUCCACGUCAGCUGUGCCCUCUGGAUACCAGAAGUAAGCAUUGGUAACCCUGAGAAGAUGGAGCCUAUCACUAAUGUGUCUCAUAUACCCAGCAACAGAUGGGCUCUAAUAUGCUGCUUGUGUAAAGAGAAGACAGGAGCUUGUAUUCAGUGUUCUGCCAAAAGUUGCCGAGUGGCGUUCCACGUGACUUGCGGUCUUCAGUGUGGGCUGAAGAUGAACACAAUCCUCACAGAGGCGGAUGAAGUCAAGUUUAAGUCUUUUUGUCCCAAACACUCAGGCAUGGACUGGAAUGAGGAAGAGGGAGAUGAUGACAGGCCAGUGAAGGUCCAGACCAGUGAAAAGAGAGGAAGAAUUCGAGGAGUGGACACGUCAUCCUCAUCACAGCCCAGACUCGCACAAAACCCAGAAGAGACCAGACUCAGCGAGCGCAAACUUCGAGUCCAGCAGCUGGAGGACGAGUUCUAUCGCUUCGUCGCCGCUGAUGAAGUCGCAGAGCACCUACAGUUGCCCCUGGAAUCUGUGGACUUCCUGUUCCAAUACUGGAAAUUGAAAAGAAAGGUGAAUUUUAACCAGCCGCUCAUCAUGCCGAAGAAAGAGGAAGAGGACAGCCUUGCCCGGCGGGAACAGGAAGUUCUUUUGCGGCGACUCCGUCUCUUCACGCAUUUAAGACAGGAUCUAGAAAGGGUGCGUAAUUUGACAUACAUGGUCAGUCGUCGGGAGAGAAUUAAACGAAGCUUGUGCCGAGUGCAGGAGCAGAUCUUUCAUCACCACGUCAGGCUGCUCGAACAGGGACGCGUCGCUGGUAUAUCUUCUACUAGACGUUUGGAGGAGGCUUUGUUUUACUUUCGGACGGCACCUCCUGUACCUACAUCCCCCCAGCCUCUGAAGGGUCACUGCGGCCUGAACAGUGCCCUGGGCACCGCUGUUCAAAAUCAUGAGAAAGGGAGCAACCCUUUUAGAGUCUCAAAGCAUACUGAAGCAGACAAGCCUGCAAAGAUGCCCCGACUGGAGAGCCUGGUCAUGGACAGUGUGCCCAGUUCUGGGGUCAUCGAUUCAGGCUCUGGAGCUUGUAAGACUGCAGCAUCAGCUACAGCGAAACGCUCGGAGGGCAGGCUGAUGGGAGGUGAGCCUCAUAGAAGAGAUGAGGAAAGUGAGCGCCCCAUGGAGGACAGGAGGAGGAGGAGCAAGCUGUGGGAACUGAGACAGUCGAAGUCUAUGGAGGACACGGUGAAGGACGAGACUGAGCAUGACAACAUGGACGACAGACUACUGCUGUCUCACAGCAGAACCACUGCUAGUUCUGUAGUCACUGCUUCAAACACAUAUAACGGAUCACUGAGGAAGACGAACGCAUGUCAACAUCAGGGAAAAAUAGUGCCGAAUGGGCGGCAUCUGAAAAACUGGGGCAGUUUCAGAAUCCCUAAACGGAGUGAAAGAACGCCAAAGGGGAAAGAUAGACCGGACGGAAAUGACGUGGCGGACCAAAAUUCUUCCUUAAAAACGUUUAAUACAAGUCCCGCCUCCUCCCCACAAAUUAGGACCCGGCUGCGGACAGGAAGUGAGAACCGAAGCCACGUGGAAGAGUGUGAUCUUGGCCAAUCAGAGCAGGGCAAGAGGUGUCACGCCCAAAGACUUCGCAGCCCGAUGACUAGACGCUACGGUUCAGACGUGAUCCAGCGUGGAGUUCUUGCGUCAUGAAAUAUUGUAUGUCUAAUUUAAUUUGCUCUUCAGUGAAAGGUGAACAUAUUUAUUUUUCUAUUCUGUAAUUCUCUGCUGUUGCUGAAAUAAUUUUUUUGAGUGUACGUUAAAAACAUAACGCAGAGAGGUUUCAAAGACCAAACAAUUGGCUAUGAAACUUUAGAUCAGGUGAGAAUAACUGGCACAAUUUUUGGAUGUUAUGAGCACUUACCAGCGUGAAACCAAGCCAGUACGGCCCAACUGUCUUAAGUCCCACAGAAUUACUGCACUUAACUGAGCACUUAAUAAUAUCUGACCACAAGUCGAACCAGUGUCCAAAACUUGAUUUCUCAGUAUUCUGCUAACUUCAAAGGCCAUCAUGUUGAGUGUAUGUGACGUGUGCCAUACUUGUUGUGGCACCAUUUCCUUCUCAGGUGAAAUCUGCUUCUAUUUGUACUUAAUUUAUAGCGUUAUGUCUUGUUUUUCUUUCAAACAAACUGAGUGUGUUUCAGGUCAAUGCCUUAUAUGUACUCUCUUUGGUCUCGAAGUAAUUCCUUUCCAGAAAAAUACAGAUAAUAAAAAAAAUCAUUCUUUCACUUAACCAUAUUUUUCAGCAAUAGAUGGACUCUAGAUCCAAGAUGGACAAUUUCACACUCGGUAUGAUGAAAUACGAUGUACGCCAUUCUCAGCUCUGUUCAGGAAGGCUUUUAACAAUCAUUUACUUCAAGUAUCCAUUACUUUGAAUUCUCUUUUGCACUUGAUAUUAAACAAUAACACAAGACACUAUCAUAGGUGUAAUAAAGACACUGUUGCAUUGAAAGGACUGAUCUUCUUGACAUGGUUGCCUUGGAGUAGUACUCAAAGUAUGUGUUCUUGCAUCUUUUCUUUAUAGCUGUAAAUGUCUUUUCUCAUACAAAAUGUGAGUUGAUCUACUCAAGAAAAAGUUGAUCUCGUGCCUGAGUGUUUUUGUUGAGAUGUUGCACUAGAACAUUAGCCAGAGAGCUCGGUAUAACUGCUCACCGUAAAAAAAAAUGUUUCUACAUGUUUAUAUAAUCAAGCGCUGCUGUAUUUUUCUUUUACUCUUAUGCAAUACUUUAGUUUUGUUGCAGAUUGUGAAUAAAUUUUCUUGAGGUUAGUCUG